AUGUUUCGUAUCCUCGAAUCCCAAGCUCCGGCCCGGCAGACAGCGACAGACACGAUAAAUACGCUGAGCAGUCGUCUGCAGAGCUCGACACUGCUGGAAGAUCGCCGGGCAGCGAUACUUGGGCUCCGAAGCUUCGCAAAGGGAUAUCCUGCGUCUGUUGCGUCGGAGGCAUUGAGGCCACUAAUCACUUCCCUCCGUAACGAUGUGGAAGACGUCGACACCAUCAAGCCGGUCCUGGAGACUCUGCUGAUGCUCUUUUCCCCGGAAGAAAAUAGUCCAGAAGCAUCGGAUGAGCUAGCACUUUGGCUAGCUGACGAAUUUACUCAGAGACAAGACAAUAUCACAAUCCUACUCGACCUCCUGGACACAAAGGAAUUCUACUCCAGGCUCUACUCCCUCCAGCUAAUUUCUCAGAUAUCCGCCGCCCGUCCAGAGAGGACCCAGGAAUGCAUACUGACGGCUCCAUUGGGCAUAUCGAGGAUUGUUGCUGUAUUAAGUGACUCAAGAGAGCCAGCCCGUAAUGGUACGAACAAGCCUGAAGCUCUUCUUCUCCUCAUCGCACUUACAGUCUCUUCCGCCGAAUUGCAAAAGGUAGUUGCAUUUGAAAAUGCUUUUGACCGGAUAUUCUCGUUGAUAGAAGCGGAGGGAUCAUUGAAACAUGGAUCCCGGAUAGUAGAGGAUUGCUUGGCUCUCUUGGGUAACCUUUUGCAGUUAAACCCCUCCAACCAGUCAUUUUUUCGAGAGACUGGUUGUGUGAGGAAGCUUGUGAUGCUUCUGGAUGAUGCAAUUAAGGACCCUAAGCCUGACGAAGAAUUCCCACACUGGAUGUUGGAGCAGCGCAAUAAGAAUAUAUGGGGAAUUCUUGCCAUCAUCCAGCUAUUUCUUGUAAAACGGGGAAUCAGCACUCCGGUAAACCAAACGACUUUCUGGCAAAGUGGCACAAUGCAACAGCUGCUAAGAGCAGCAUUUAAAGAAGACUUUGACGUUUCUCUCAAAGCCAAGAAAAAGGCCCUCCUCGCGGCUUCAGACUUGAUCUGUUCAAAUGCAACACUUCAGGAGAAAUUUUCAGACCUCGAGGUUGCCAUAACAUCUACACCUUCUGACCAAAAAUCGGUCAAUGGGAGCCCACCAGCUCAGAACGUUGAGAGGCUUAACGUUCUAGAAGCAUUGCUGCGUUUGACCUUGCAGCAAGGUCCAAUUCACCUUCUAGAUGCACGUCUCGCAUCAUGCGAUUGCAUCCAGGCAUUUUUUACAAACCAUUCAGGGAUCAAGCUUCACUUCCUGAACAGGGCAAUAAGUGGCCACACAGGCGGCGGUGACGAAAUUCCAAAUAUUCUAUCUAUCCUUAUCCAGCCAUUGGAUUUUGACACUGUGAAUGAUCCUUAUCAACUAUGGCUAGCCUCCGUCUUAUUAUUCCAUCUGAUAUACGAAGACCCUGAAGCUAAGGCUGCCGCAAUGAAGGUUACCGAGGGCGAUGCAGAGAGUGGAGAGGAGGUAGUUACGUGUGUGCAGGCAAUAACCGGUAAUUUGAUUACGGGGAUCCAACGAAAUGACGACGAAAGGAUAUCGGUUGGUUAUUUGACGUUACUCUGCGGUUGGCUGUUUGAAGAUCCAGACGUGGUUAAUGACUUCUUGGGUGAAGGAAGCAGUGUUCAAAGUCUAAUCCAGGAGGCUAAACAGGAGGCUUCCCCCGACUCACUGCUUCCAGGGUUAUGUGCUGUCCUCCUUGGAAUCAUCUACGAGUUCUCGACGAAGGACUCCCCCAUCCCACGAUCGACUCUUCACCAAUUACUAAAUAGUAGAUUGGGAAGAGAACUUUACAUUGAUAAAAUCACAAAACUUCGAGAGCAUCCACUAGUCCGCGAUUUCGAGGUUCUGCCGCAAACCGCUCAGGGACAACAAGACGCGGGACAUCCAAACAUCUUCUUUAAGAAGACAUUUAUUGACUUUCUAAAGGACAACUUUAGUCGAUUAAUUCGGGCUAUCGACCGUGAUCCAGGGAUGGAAGUGCCUGUAAUGGCCAACGGCAUUCCUAAGGGGAUAUCACGCGAGCUAGUUGACAAUCUGAGGGCCCAAGCUGAAGAGCGAGCGCAGGCGAUUCAGAACCUAGAGUCGGAGAUGUUGGAUCUGCAACGCAAGUUAGAUCAGGAACAUUUGGAUCACAAGAGAACGAAAGAUUCCAGCGAUCGUGAGCUACAGAGGCUGAACCAGGUCAAUGAAUCUCUGCAGAAGACACACCAGGCCGAAAUAACCGGAUUGGAAGAGCAUAAUGCGUUGACAAAGAGUGAACUUGUCAAGCAAUAUGGCGAGCAGUUACACGCUCUCGAUAAUCAACUAAAGCAAACUGCCACAGAACAUGAAAGGCGAACUACCAAACUUCGAGAUAUGCACGAAGCCGAAGUAACUGAGCUGAAGCAAUCAGUGCAAAAACUAGAGGCGAGCCUUGAAAAAGCCAACAAAGAUCACAUUCAGGAUCUCCAAACUGCUCAUGAGGAGUAUUCGGCCAAACUGUCUGAUCUAGAAGCUAAGAAUCGACGAGUGGAGGCAAAAGUACAGGAGACACAGGAACACAACCAGACGCUAGAGAGGGAUUUGAAGGAAGCUCGAAAACGGGCAGAGAAGCUACAAAAGGAAAAUGAAGAGAGCGAGACUGCCCGUAAAUCUGCACAGAGCGAACUGGAAGAUUUGUUGAUGGUGUUCAGUGACCUUGAGGCGAAGAGGAGAGCAGACAAAAAACGCCUAAAGGCUCUGGGUGAAGAAGUAUCUGACAUCGAUGAGACCGACGAUGAAGACGAUGAGGACGAAGAUGAGUCGGAAGCUGACGAGGAAUGA